AUGGCACCCAAUGUCUCUUGCGGCUGUGUCAGAACCGCCGAUCAGUCAAUGCCGGAUCUGAAGUCUGCCAUGUUCCCGCAGUUCGAUCUGUCUGAGACAGAUUCUGAGCACCUGGAAUUUACCAGCCGGAUCUACCACGUUGCACCUGAUGAUCUGAGAGACACGUGCUCUGCUCUCUGUGCAGCAUGGGCGAUCCUUCUUGGCUGCUUCACCGGGCUGGAUGAUGUGUGUUUCGGCUUUGACAGUCAGCACAGCGUUACCGAAACGUCGGGACUUGCAGAGCGCAUGAGACAAACGGUGCAUGCUUGUUUGCCUGCCAAUCAGCGCGUUGGAGAAAUUCUCAACGGCAGCUUUUCGUCGCUGGUGUUGAUGAGCGAUGAAAAGGCCAAAACGCUAUUCAACACGAUUUUGUCAAUUCAGAACCACGGAAAUGAGCCUAGAAACAGUGGCGGAGAACAUCCUUCGUGGUGCAAAAUUCGCAUGACGGUAGAUCCCGCGACGCUUGAAACUGUCUUGACAUGGGACCCUUCUUUCAUGGGCCAAGAUCAAGCAGAGAACAUCAGCAGCACCUUCGAGAAGAUUUUCAGUGAAAUCAUCAACCACCCGGAGACUAUCCUAUCACAAAUCAGCUUCUUCAGUGAGCGAAAUGAGCGACAAGUUUUGGCCUGGAACAGCAACCCUAUGAGAAAUGUGCGCAAGUGCAUCCACCAGGCCGUGUCAAUGCAAGGAGCGUUGAGACCCGAUGCAGAAGCUGUUUGCGCUUGGGAUGGAAGCUUUUCCUACCAACAGGUCCUUUCACUGGCAGAUCGUCUUGCUUGUCGUCUACAAGCUUCGGGAGUUGGGCCUGAAGUCUUUGUGCCCAUCUGCUUUGACAAGUCCAAAUGGGUUGUUGUUUCCAUGCUGGCAAUCCUCAAAGCAGGCGGCAUCUUUGUCCCUCUCGACCCUUCGCAACCGCUGCUUCGUCUACAAUCUCUCGCGCAAAAGGUUGAAGCUAAGACGAUUUUGUGCUCUCCUCAGCAUCAGCGCAUGCUGGAGAGCGUAGCGCCAGAGUUGAUCCCUGUCGAUGAGCAGCUGUUCACCGAGCCACCCGACCAAAGCGACGAGGUUGACUGUGGAUCGUGGCAGAACGGAGCCUACAUGAUAUUUACGAGUGGCACAACGGGCGAGCCCAAAGGAGCCCUCAUCCAACAUACAGCUCUCAUGUCGAGCGCUCUUGCUCACGGGCCUGCUAUGAUGAUGGACUCCAACACGCGAUCAUUCCAAUUCGCUGCGUCUACCUUUGACGUGAGUAUCACUGAGAUCUUGACGUGUAUGAUCUUGGGUGGAUGCGUUUGCAUACCCAGCGAAGACGCUCGCCUCAACGCAGUUGAAGAGGCCAUCACCGAGCUCCGAGCAAACUGGGCCCUUUUGACCCCGACGUUUGUCAAGUUCAUCAACCCCGCCAAUGUCCCGACUUUGAAGACACUCGUCACUGGCGGAGAGGCCAUGACACAGGCCGUCAUCCGCUCAUGGUCGCACAUCAACCUCAUCAACUGCUAUGGGCCUGCUGAGACCUCUGUUGUUUCACACGUCCACCGAGGCAUGGUGCAAGGGACCAAUCCGUUGAACAUUGGCCACCAGGUCGGCAUAAACUGCUGGAUCGUGGAUCGGGACAAUCAUGACCGUCUCAUGCCCGUUGGUGCAGUGGGCGAGUUAGUCAUCGAGGGCCAUACGCUCGCACGCGAGUACUACAAGGAGCCCGAGAAGACGCACGAAGCUUUUAUCGAAGAUCCAUUGUGGGCAAGGAACCAACCGUCGCGGAUUGGUCCUAGACGAAUGUACAAGACGGGCGAUCUCGUCAAGUACAAUUACGACGGGACGUUUCAUAUUGCCGGCCGCAAAGAUGCGCAGAUCAAGUUUCACGGGCAACGCAUCGAGCUCGGGGAGAUAGAGCAUCACAUCAAUACCAGCGCCAGCAUCAAGCACGGCAUGGUAGUCCUACCAAGAGAAGGGUUCUGCAAUGGUCGACUUUUGGCCAUUGUGCAGCUCUGUGAUGCCAUGAGUGAGGAUCUCGUACCCAAUGGUCAACCCUAUAAGCUCAUUGGGGGCGAUCUUGAGAGCACUGCGCAGGAGAAGAUUGCAGAUACCAAGGAGCUGCUUAGCGAGAGGCUGCCCUCAUACAUGAUACCGUCCAUGUGGCUUGCCGUCGAGUUUAUCCCUCGUCUCCAGUCUGGAAAACUGGAUCGGAAGCAGACAGCGAAAUGGAUCGAUGGCAUGAGCGAGGCCCUGUACCGACAACUCAACCCUGUGGCAGCAGUCGUGCAACGAUCGGGGAAUCUCGAGUGUGGAAGCAAGACUGAGUUGGAGCUACACAAGAUCUGGACCUACGUCUUGAACCUCAAGGAAGAACAGCUUGGCCUCGCACAAUCUUUCCUCAGCGUCGGUGGUGACUCUAUCUCGGCGAUGCAAGUCAUGAGUGAGUGCAAGAAACGCGGUCUCGGGCUGGCAGUCUCGCAUAUCAUCAACUGCAAGUCCAUCAGCGCACUGGCUCUACAGGUCAAGGACAUUGAGAAGCCUACGCUGCUGCACGAGAUGGUUGAAACACCGUUUAACCUUUCGCCCAUCCAGAAGCUCUACUUUGCCAGGCCAAACUACGAGCAGGGCCACUACAACCAGAGCUUUUUGCUGCGGACGAGUCAGCGUAUUCAUGAGGCAGAUCUGCGCAAGGCAAUAGAGACUCUUAUCUCCAGACACUCGAUGCUGCGUGCGAGGUUCCAGCAGGAUGUCAGUGGGGACUGGCAGCAACGCAUCACCAACGACGUUGCGUCCUCGUAUCGACUACGUGGCUUGAAACUGGUUUCGCAAGAGGACGUUGAUGAAUCGCUUGUCGACAGCCAGACCUGUCUAGAUCCUGUACAAGGUCCACUUGUCGCUGCUGACCUGAUCGACCGAGGGACAGAAGAGCAGCUCUUGUUCGUCGUGGCGCAUCACCUGGUCAUCGACCUCGUAUCCUGGAGAAUCAUCCUUCAAGAACUCGAGGAGAUCUUACUACGACCUGAAGCUGUGCACGACGCAGACCGUCCGCUUCCGUUUCAGGUCUGGUGCAAGAUGCAGUCUGAACAUGCCGACGCGCAGACACCAGACCAAGUCUUGCCAAUUCACGGCAUUCCCGACGGCGACGCAGCGUACUGGGGCAUGACAGACACUCCCAAUAUCUAUGGGCAGAUGGUCCGUCAAGGCUUUGAGAUCGGGCCGCACCAGACAUCGUUACUUUUAUCCAAGUGCCACGACGCACUACGCACAGAGAUCCCGGAUGUUCUCAUGGCAGCGAUGGUGUAUUCCUUCGGCCAGAUCUUCACCGACCGUCCAAUCCCAGCCAUCUUUGCAGAAGGUCACGGCAGAGAAGUCUGGGACAACUCAAUCGACCUGUCGAACAUCGUCGGAUGGUUCACUACCAUUUACCCCGUCUUUGCUGGAUCAGAUGCUCAAUCCAGUCUCAUCGACACAGUCAAGAUGAUCAAGGACGCAAGGCGCAAAGUUCUCGACAACGGCCGGCCUUACUUUGCGAGUCGCUGGCUGACGAAGGAGGGUCAAGAAGCCUUUUCUCGUCACUGGCCUUUGGAGAUCACCUUUAACUACCUUGGCCAGUACCAACAGCUGGAGCGUGAGGGCGCUCUUUUCACUCCCGAGAGCAACAUUGCUGGCGAGAUUAGAGAGGCAAGCCAAGGUGCAGAUGUUGGGCCUCUGACAGCCUGUAUCUCCCUCUUCGAGGUGUCCGCCGUCAUAGUCAAGGGAUCUCUCCGUUUCUCAUUCGGGUUCAACCAGAAAAUGAAACACCGACCGCAGAUCCAUCAGUGGAUCUCUUGCUGCGAGCAGAGCCUCAGCCAAGUCAUUACAUCCCUCGCUUCAAUGGUACCUGAACCUACGCUCAGCGACUUUCCGCUCCUGUGCCUGACCUAUGAUCGUCUGAGGGUAUUCACAGAGGAGAAGCUCCCCGAGGCUGGAAUCACAGACGUGGGCCUUGUUCAAGACGCCUACCCUUGCUCUCCUAUGCAGUCUGGGCUUUUGGUCAGCACCACGAGGGAGAAUGCUGCUUACGCUGCCUACACACUCCACGAGAUCAAGAACAGAAGCGGCGAUAGGGUAGAUGUUGUCAAGCUCAUCACUGCUUGGAAGCGCAUGGUGCAGUACCAUCCUAUUCUCAGGACUAUCUUCUUGGAGAGUGUUACGUUGGAGGACUCUAUCUACGACCAGGUGGUGCUCAAGGAAGUUCAAGUUCCAUUCACCGUUUCUGAGAGCGGCACAGAUGAGGAUGCGAUUGCAGCACUGAAGGUACCUACGAACCAUGGCGACAACUCAUCACGACUACUACACCAUUUCCACAUCUGCAAAACAAAGAGCGGCAAGGUCUUCUGCAGACUAGACAUCAGUCAUGUCAUCAUGGAUGGCACUUCGCUGUCGAUCCUCUUCCACGACCUUGCACUGGCAUAUCAAGGGCUCCUCACGGCUGAAACAGGCCCGCUGUAUCGCGAUUACAUCAACGCUCUUCAAAAGCAGCCGGUCCAACCCGGCGUCGACUACUGGAAGUCUUACCUAGCGGGUAUCGAGCCAUGUCUCUUCCCAGUUCUGGACGACGGGGAGAUUGCAGAGGUCAAGGAGCUGCGACACUUACGAGUCAGAUUUGACGAGCUCGCUGCGCUGCAGAGUCUUUGUGAGCAACAGGGAGUCACUAUUGUCAAUGCCAUCUAUGCUGCGUGGGCAGUCACGUUGCGUUUAUACACUGGCUCCGAUGAGGUUUGCUUCGGCUAUCUGACAUCAGCUCGUGAUCUACCAAUCGAAGGUAUUCGUGAUGCCGUCGGUCCCAUCAUCAACAUGGUCACGUGUCGUGUCAACGCUGAUAGCACGACAAGCUUGGCGGACAUGAUGGGCUCAGUGCAGAGGGACUAUCUCGACAGUCUAGAGUAUCGCCACACGCCGCUGGCCCAGGUUCAUCACGCCCUUCAGCUCUCCGACGCUGUUCUGUUCAACACAGCAUUGUCGUACAGAAAGCUACCGCCAGCGACGCAGACGGACCUCGUGUUUGAGGAAUGCUGCCCUACCUACGAUCCUGAUGAGUACAACGUGUCGGUCAACAUUGAGGCAGGCGAGCACGACAUGGCGAUUGACUUGAUGUACUGGUCUGAUACUCUGUCGGAUGGGCAAGCUGCCAAUGUCGCUAGCACUUUUACAAAGGCGCUGAGCAAUAUUCUACAUGAUUGCGACCAGCCCAUUGCUCAGCUCAACCACUUAGGUUCCUCGCAUAGCAACCAGAUUUCUCAAUGGAACCAGCGGAUUCCUGAUGCAAUUGAGAGCUGCGUGCAUGAAUUGUUCAAGCAGCAGGUUGCCUCACGGCCCGACAGUCCCGCGAUUGUCUCAUGGGAUAUGGGCUUUACGUACGCCGAGCUUGAUGCGGCCUCUGACAGACUCGCCCAUCAUAUUGCCUCCUUGGGCGUCGGUCUAGAGACUUUUGUGGUCGUCUGCUUCGAGAAGUCGGCUUUCGCCAUAGUUUCGAUGCUGGCUAUUCUCAAAGCUGGCGGUGUGUGCGUGCCUCUGGACCCAGCGCACCCAGAAGCUGCGCAUCGACUUCGUGUCGAGGAUACAGGGUCUACUAUCGCCCUUGUAUCUCCCUCUUUAGUGUCCAAGCUCAGCUCCCUCGUCACGACCGUCGUCGCCGUGGACGCAGAUCUACUUCAUAAUAUCCCCACGGCACUUGAGCCACCUCUUGCUCCAGUCAUGCCCGACAACGCCUGCUUCGUCAUCUACACGUCCGGCAGCACAGGACGUCCCAAGGGUGUAGUCCUCGAGCACAGAGGCAUCGCCAGCAACGCCAUGUACUCAGGCCCCAGGCUAGGUUACGGCUCAGACUCGAGGGUGCUGCAGUUCGCUUCGUACACCUUUGACAACAGUCUCGCAGAGAUUUUCAGCACUAUCAGUCUGGGAGGCUGCGUAUGCGUGCCCUCGGACCAUGAGAGGCUGAACGAUUUGGCCGGAGCCAUCAAUCGGCACAGCGUCACAUUAGCCGACAUAACACCCACUGUGGCUUGCUUCCUCGAGCCAUCGGAUGUUCCGACUUUGAAGACUCUGGCUCUUGGAGGUGAAGCGGUGACCACCAAGUGCGUUGGCAUCUGGCGGGACUUUGUAUCCCUGCGAUGUUGCUACGGGCCGUCGGAAUGCUCCGUCAAUUCGACUUACUCUGGAGACAUUGCCCAGCCAGGGAAGGCCAACAACAUAGGCCGUGCCAUUGGUAGCGUCGCUUGGGUAGUCGAUGCGACCGAUCACAACCUUCUCGUCCCAAUUGGUUGCGUUGGUGAACUCCUCAUUGAUGGUCCUAUCGUGUCUAGAGGCUACCUGAACCUCCCAGACAAGAUGGCCCAGUCUUUUGUUCCUCCGCCCGCCUGUAUCCAGGGGACCACUGAGAACGGUGGACGGGAUCGCAAGCUCUACAAGACCGGCGACCUUGUGCGCUACAAUUCUGACGGCACACUUACCUACCUUGGACGGAAGGAUACCCAGGUCAAGCUCAACGGCCAGCGCAUCGAACUUGGAGAGAUUGAGCACCACAUCGAGGAGAAUCUUCCUAAAGGCUGGGAAUCUGCCGUGGAGCUCGUCACAUUACAGGGCAGAAAGUUGCUCGCCUGCUUCAUCUGUGCCGAUGCCGACAUUUCCCUCAGAGAAACCAGCGAUGAUAGCAUGGUGCUGGACAUGGACGACUCGUUUAGGUCUCACGCCAAGAAGCUCGAGAUUGUGCUUUUCAACGCAGUUCCCGCCUACAUGGUUCCAUCGGCGUGGCUCCCUGUCUCCAAGAUGCCUCUUACUUCCUCAGGCAAGCUCAAUCGGCGCAGCCUUAGGAUUCUGGGAGAGUCGGUGCCAACAGCCAGGAUGAAGACUUACAAGCUUGCCCUCAAGAGUGGCAGGGCACCGUUAAGCGAGGUGGAGAAGCAGCUGGCAGCUAUGUGGGCUCAGCUGCUUGACAUCGACGUGGCAUCUAUCGGAGUCCAGGAUCACUUCUUCAAGCUUGGAGGAGACUCGAUCGGGGCCAUGCAGCUUGUGACGCUUGCUCGAUGCUCCAACAUUGACCUGACAGUGGCUGGAGUGUUCCAGAAGCCAUCCCUGCUGGACAUGGCGGAGUCGGCAGUGCCGUUGUCGAAGGCCUCAACCACGACAUAUCGGCCGUUCUCGUUGUUGCCUAGCGAGUGUUCGGUCGCUGCCUUACGAAAAACUGUUGCAGACUCUGCUGGAAUAGACGUUGGCAAUGUUCAAGACAUGUAUCCUUGUUCCGCACUGCAAGAGGGUCUCAUGGCUCUCUCGACUAAGGAGCCUGGGGCUUACGUGGCGCAACUCGUCUAUCGACUGCCAGCCGAUAUCGACACCGUCAGGUUCCAGAAGGCCUGGAGCACCGUGGUGGAAGCUGAGCCAUCGCUGCGCACAAGAAUCGUUCACACAGAGGAUGUUGGGUUCGUGCAAGUUGUUGUCGCCGGGGAAGCACCCCAAUGGUCCACGUUUGCCAGCCUCUCUGAUGCCAACGCGAUUCGACGCCAGCUCCCACUGCAUAAUGGUGCGGCUUUGACUAGCUACGUUCUUGUCGACGAUGGCUCUGUAGGCAAAUGCUUUGUCUGGACUAUCCAUCAUUCCAUCUACGAUGGCUGGUGUCUUCCUCUCAUCCUCGACAAGGUCAAGCGAUGCUACCAUGACGAUUUGAGUUCCACGCAACUCAAGGGCCCUGACUACUCCAACUUCAUCAAGCACCUCGCGGACCGGGACCCGAAGCAAGACAGCGACUUCUGGAUGUCGCAUCUUUCGAAUAUGUCCACCCAGCACUUUCCACGUCUCCCCAACGCUGAGCACCAGCCUUCCGCAACGAGCCUGAUGGUUCAUAAAGCAACACUGGGAACCACAUCGGGAUCGGAGAUCACCGCCGCUACUAGAAUCCGCACAGCCUGGGCGAUGGCUGUCUCUACCUACUCUGGAACCAGCGACGUCGUAUUCUGGGAGACUAUGACAGGACGCGAUGCUCCGGUCGUCGGGAUCGAGGAAAUGGCAGGCAUCACGUUGGCUACUGUACCAACACGUGUAGUCAUUGAGCCUUCGCAAACUGUCGCUGCAUUACUUGCCUCUGUGCAGGAUCGGUCAGCAGCUGUGAGAAACCACCAGUUCGCCGGUAUCCAGUCUAUCAGGAGCAUCAGCGCUGAUACUGCCCUUGCUUGCGGCGCUCAGAACCUCCUGGCCAUCAACUACGGACCCCGAGAGUCUGCGGAUAUCUUUUGGUGCGAGCAGUCAAACGAGAUGGCCGAUGGCGAGCUCGAGACUGUCGUGCACUUUGAUCCCAACGUUGUACCUGAGCCUCAGAUGCAGCGUAUCAUGGAUCAAUUUGCGCUGAUGCUUGAGUCCGUGUCGUCGUCUGAUCUAUUGGAUGAGAAGCUUCGCGAUGUACCUUUGUUGAGCUGCAGUGACCUACAGACGCUGCGUGAUAUGAACCAUACUCCCCUACCCCCCUCAGGGCGACUCAUUCACGAGGCUGUUGAGGUUCAGACGCUGGCUCAACCACGAGAUAAACUCGCUGUCGUGUCGUGGGACCAAAGCCUCACGUACGCUGAUCUGGACUCUCAAUCUACACGUCUUGCUGGUGUAUUGAUGGCAAAUGGCGUCUCAGUCCACUCCAUCGUUCCUUUUUGCAUCGACAAGUCAUCUCUUGUCGUUGUAUCCAUCAUGGCCAUUCUCAAGUCGGGUGCUGCCUUUGUGCCUCUCGACCCAGCACACCCCGAUGCUCGGAUCCAAGGAAUUCUCACCGACACUGGGGCUACAGUCGUUCUCUCGUCUGAUCAGCACGCCGAGCGAUUGACGAAGCUCGGAUCACGGGUCAUCACCGCCUCGCAGGCUCUAGCGACCCAAGCUCAAGACACCCCAACCAACCCAGCGCCUCUAUCACUAUCCGCCACCAGUCCAGCUUACAUCAUUUUCACCUCUGGCACGACUGGGAAGCCCAAAGGAACCAUCGUGGACCACUCCGCAUUUUACACCGGAGCCUAUGCCCACGGUCGCGCCAUGGGCAUGACAGAGUCGUCACGCGUCCUACAGUUUGCCUCAUAUACAUUCGACGCCAGUAUCAUGGAGAUCCUCACCACGCUUAUCCAUGGCGGGACAGUUUGCGUUCCAAGUACCGACGAGCGUCUCCACGACCUUGCAGGUGCUAUCAACCGAAUGAACGUCAACUGGGCUCUAUUGACGCCUUCGGUGGCCCAGCUGCUCCAGCCAUCGCUCGUCCCUGGUCUCGAGACAUUGGUGCUCGGAGGUGAGGCCAUGUCGUCUGCUCAUAUCUCUUCGUGGGCGCCGUCAGUUCGUCUCAUGAACGCAUACGGACCAAGUGAGACUGCCGUGGUGGCUGCAGUCAACCCGAGUGUUACACUGGAAUCUUCGCCCUCGAAUAUCGGCCAUGCUGUGGGUGGUAUCUGCUGGGUCACUGAUGCCGCCAACCACGACAGACUCAUGCCUAUCGGCGCUGUCGGCGAGCUCGUGAUAGAAGGCCCAAUCCUCGCUCAAGGGUAUCUGAAUGACCCCGAGAGAACGGCAGUAUCCUUCAUCUCCAACCCGAAGUGGUGUAGACAAGUCCCAACGGCUGCUGCCGACAGGGAACGCAGGUUCUACAAGACCGGAGACUUGGUCAAACUUACUGAGGACGGGAUCGAGUUCCAUGGGCGCAAAGAUGAUCAAGUCAAAGUCAACGGUCAGAGAAUCGAGCUGUCGGAGAUUGAGCAUCAUUUGGGCGCGGACCCUGCCGUCGAGUCUUGUCUGGCGGCUGUUCCAGCUUCCGGCCCGUUCAAAGCCCGCCUCGUAGGCAUUCUAUCCUUCCACUCUGGUGUUUCGACCAAGGCAGAGAUGACCGGAGACGAAGAGAUGCAGAUCCUGACCAAGUAUGAUCCAUCUGCUUUGGUGGGUAUUCGAGAUGGUCUCGCAAGGCAUUUGACAUCCUACAUGAUCCCAUCUUUGUGGAUUAUCGCAAGCCAUGUUCCCCUCCUCCCCUCUGGAAAGCUUGAUCGGAGGCGCACCAUGCGAUGGGUCGAGGACAUGACUCUUGAAGACUACCAUCUUGUUCUUGACGCGCAGGAAGAUGCGUCUGCUCUGGAUAGAGAUGCAUCGGAAGUGGAGAUCAAGCUUAGGGCUGCGUGGGCCAAGGCCCUCAACCUCAAGGUCGACAUGGUUCCGUUCAAGCAGUCGUUCAUCCACCUCGGCGGCGAUUCGAUAUCCGCCAUGAAGCUCAUGGCCAUUUGCCGCUCCUCAAAUAUGGCUGUGUCGGUCAGCCAGAUAAUGCGAGCCAAGUCCAUCAUCGACCUUGCCUCUGCCGUCAUCAACGUCAAGGAAGUACUGUAUGAUGAAGAACAGGUGGACAAGUCUUUUGAACUAUCGCCCAUUCAGAAGGUUUACUUUGAGAGUAUUGGUCUAGGCUCUCACCACUUCAACCAGAGUAUGACUUUGGCUACUACCCGCAACAUCACCUCACAGGAGCUCUCGAAUGCGCUACACCGUAUCGUUGAGAUGCAUAGCAUGAUGCGUGCUCGUUUCUCGCAGGCUGAUGACAGAUGGACACAGCGGAUCACUAGCGAUGUCACUGGCUCCUAUACCCUCCGUUCACACGGUAUCGUCGACGAGAAGCGUCUGUUGGAUUUGGUCAUGGAGAGUCAGACUACCGUAGACAUUCUUGAUGGACCGAUAUUCGCUGCCGACAUGUUUCAAGUGGAGGAAACUGGUGACCAGAUCGUCACAUUCGUGGCUCAUCACCUCAUUGUCGACGUCGUGUCUUGGAACAUCAUCCUGCAGGAUCUGGAAGGCCUCUUAUCAGCAUCUGCCUACAGCCCGUCGAAAUCACUAUCCUUCCAGAUGUGGAGCUCCACACAACACGACGAAGCUCGGAAGGCUUCGCUGGAGCGUGUGUUCCACGACAUUCCAGUUCCUCCACAGAGCCACCGAUAUUGGGGAAUGGAAGGCGUACCGAAUCUUCACAGCGACUCGAUCACUGAGACCAUGAACAUCCCGACCGAUACAUCAACCCUACUCUUAGGCGGCAGUCACGAUGUUGUUGAUGUCUUGCUAGCAGGGCUGUUAGCAUCCUUCCGCCAAACCUUUCCAGACCGGCCUUCGGUGCCCCCAAUAUUCAACGAGGGUCAUGGGAGAGAGCCUGCCGAUGACACUGUGGAUCUAUCACGCACCGUUGGAUGGUUCACCACUCUCUGUCCUGUUUUCCUCCCCGAGGUCAUUCCCGCCGAACACGACAUUCUCGAUGUAGUGUGCUGGAUACGGGACUUCCGAAGGAAGCUUCCCGCCAAUGGUCGACCCUACUUUGCUCAUAACAUGCUACCUAACUCGAAGCCCCAGAUCGAGUUCCCAGUGGAAAUUGCCUUCAAUUUCCUCGGUCAUACACAGGAUAUGGGAACGGAGGACUCGGUGUUCAAGUCUGUCGACGGAAACAUGUUGAGCUCUUUGAGCUCGCAAUCCGACAUUGGAGGCAACAUCCCACGACUAGCACUCGUCGAGAUUUCAGCAUCUUUCACUAACGAGCGCUUAACCUUUGACUUUUCUUUUAACCGCCACAUGGAACGGCAGUCAUCUCUGAGCAGAUGGAUCCAGAGCUGCAGGGACUACAUACACCAAGCAUCUCAAAGGCUAUCACAGGUUACGCGAGAGCCAUUGACGGAUCUAUCUCUGCUGCCUCUGGCCUUCAAGAAGGAGUCGCAGGUUCAGCAGAACCUCGCUGUGGCGGGCAUUUCUCUUGACAAUGUUGAAGCAGUUUAUCCAUGCUCUUCGGUUCAGCAGGGCAUCCUCUUGUCCCAGAUCAAGGACCCCGGAUACUACUCUUACUCGAUCACCUUUUCGGUUACAUCCACACGACCAAGCGAUGUGAUCGACGUGCAAAGACUAUCAGACGCUUGGAAGCGUGUGGUUCAUCGCCAUUCUGCACUACGAACUGUCUUCAUGGACAGUGUACUACAAGAGGGCGCUAUCAGUCAAGUCGUUCUUAGGAACCAUGAUGUCAACCUUUCCAUCAUCGAAUGUCCCACCACAGAGGUAGACCUGAGACUCAGUAACCAGCAACCUCUUGGUCUUCCUACGAAUCAGCCACCUCACCGUCUCACAAUCUUCGACACCGCAGAGGGCACUGUGUCAUGUGUUCUAGAGAUGAGCCACGCCAUCUCCGAUGGGACUUCUAUGCCACUUCUUUUCCGCGAUCUUGGUUUAGCUUACGAGGGCAGCUUGGAUACUGUCCAACUUGCAGUUUACAGGGACUACGUCUCCUUCUUACAGCAGAGCGGAGGCUCUCAGGAUGCCAAGUACUGGAAGGAUUAUUUGGACGGCGCUGAGCCUUGUUGUCUGCCUCUGCUUACGGACGGGACUACAUCACUCAGGACUCUUCGAACCCUUGCCCAAGGUAUCUCACACCCCGCUGAGCUUCAAACGCUCUGCACCGAACGAGGCAUCACUCUAUCCAACCUGCUACAGCUGGCUUGGGCAUUGGUUCUCCAGGCAUACACAGGCCUUGAUGAUGUGUGCUUCGGCUAUCUCGUCGCUGACAGAGAUGUACCCGUCAGUGGAAUUGACGAGGCGAUUGGCGUAUUCAUCAGUAUGCUCGUCUGCCGAGUCCGCCUCGAUCCAUCCACCAGCCUCGACAAUGCUCUGCGAACCAUCCAGGAAGACCUCGCCACGGCCAUGAAUCACAAGAAUGCCUCCCUUGCCAGCUUCCAGCACGCCACGGGUAACUCCAACGAGCCUCUCUUCAAUACAGCCUAUUCCUUCCAACGCAGAUCAGUCUCUAAGGAUAUGGCAACCGGUGCGAUCGCGUUCGACGUCAGAGAUGCGCAAGACCCUAGCGAGUACGACAUGACCGUCAACGUCGAAGUCUGGGACUCAAGUGUCGAGCUCCAGUUAUGUUACUGGCAAGACAAAGUCUCAGACGCGCAGGCUGCCAACAUUGCCUCUACAUUUGACCAGGUCCUUUCCUCAAUCGCGAGAUGUGACACGGCACUCCCGAUCGGACACUUGGAUAUCCUCAGCGAUCUCGGUAGACAGCAGUUGAUGUCGUGGAACAACAAUGAGCCUGAGGUCUUGAAUGACUGUAUGCACCACGUCUUUGAGCAUAACUGUCAACGACUGCCAAAACAUACACCGGCCAUCGACGCGUGGGAUGCCGCCUUUACCUACUCUGAACUCGACGCUGCAGCUUCGCGAUUCGCUCAGUACCUCGUCUUUCUCGGCAUUGGGCCCGAAACAUACGUCCCGCUGUGUUUCCAAAAGUCAGCAUGGACCGUCGUUGCCAUGAUGGCAGUCCUCAAGGCUGGCGGUGCCUUUGUUCCUCUCGACCCUACUCAUCCACCGGACCGUAUCAAGUUCCUGGUUAGUAACGUCGACGCCAAGCUCAUCAUUUGCUCCACGUCCUUGAAAGCCAAGUUCGACAGCCUGGAUCUUCCCGCUAUCCCCCUUGGUAGGGACACUAUGUCUUUACUUCCUCCCGUUCUACCGCACUCGUCUAGUAUCGCUGUUAGGCCUGACAACGCUGCGUACAUCAUCUUCACUUCGGGUACGACAGGUGUUCCCAAGGGUACGAUCAUCGAGCAUGCCUCAUUCACCACCGGAGGCACCGCUCACGCCAAGGCUAUCAUGAUGACAUCGUCCUCUCGCGUGCUGCAAUUCGCGUCGCACACAUUCGAUGCUAGCGUCAUGGAGAUCCUCUCCACCUUGUUGGUAGGCGGCUGUAUCUGCAUCCCCAACGACCAAGACCGCAUGGACGAUUUGUCGGGCGUCAUCACCAAGUUCAAUGUGAACUGGACGCUUCUCACACCAUCAGUUGCGGGAGUCCUUAAGCCGGGUAGUAUCCCUACCCUCAAGGUCCUUGUCACCGGCGGCGAGGCAAUGUCAAGAGACCACAUCAAGAAAUGGGCUGGACACGCCGCUCUGAUCAACGCCUAUGGCCCCAGUGAGACGAGCGUUAUCGCUGCAACGAGCACAAAGGUAGAUCAUGAUGGAAACAUCCUCAACAACGACCCAGGUACUAUCGGUCACGCUGUUGGUAGUCGUUGCUGGGUUGUCGAUGCGCGCAACCACAAUCGCCUCAUGCCAAUUGGCGGCAUCGGUGAACUACUCGUGGAAGGGCCUAUUGUUGCCAGAGGUUAUCUCAACAACGAGACAAAGACGAAAGAGGCAUUCAUCGAUCCUCCGUCUUGGCGUAUAGGCAUCAAGCUUCAGGGAGACGGCAUCGGUCGGAUGUACAAGACUGGUGAUCUGGUUAUGUACAACUCAGACGGGUCACUCAAGUACGUGUCGCGCAAGGACACACAGAUCAAGCUCAAUGGGCAACGUAUUGAGCUUGGCGAGAUUGAGUAUCAUGUCCAGGCGCACUUACCCGACUACAUUCAAGCCGCUGUUGAUAUAGUUGUCCCGCAGAGCAAGACGUCAACUAAGGCACUCGCCGUCUUCUUUACCAGCGACGAUGAUCUUGAGGAUACUUUCACCCAAGACUCCCUCAAGUCAGCUCUCAGGGACGCUCUUCCAUCAUACAUGGUGCCUACCAUCUACAUACCGCUGUCCAAGAUGCCACUGACCUUGGCUGGCAAGCUUGAUCGCCAGAGACUCAAGGCCAUCGCCAAGUCCAUACCACCUCAACUGAUGGCGUCCUACAAGCUCUCUAGCUCGUCUCGAAGCGGAAACAACCCUACAACGACGAUGCAACGCAAACUACAGAAAGCCUGGGCUACAGUCUUGAACAUUCCUACCGGUCAGAUCAGCAAGGACGACAGCUUCUUCAGAGUCGGCGGUGAUUCAGUCGAUGCCAUGAAGCUCGUUCCGGCAGCUAGAGCAGAAGGUCUUGCCAUCACCGUCAUGGCCAUCUUCAACAACCCUGUCCUGUCAGACAUGGCAAUGUCUUGCAAACACUCAGAUGGAGCUCUUGUCUCCAGUGUUGACCCGUUCUCGCUUCUUUCGGACAUCGAAGAUCCUUCGUCACUCCUGCGCGAAGUUGCAGGUCGGUGUGGCGUGCAAGAGAGUCAGAUUCUGGAUAUCUACCCUUGCAGCUCCCUCCAAGAGGGUCUCGUUGCCUCAACCUUGCAGCAACCAGGUGCAUAUGUCGCUACUUAUGUUUUCGAGCUUCCUUUGGACAUUUCCAUUGAUCGUUUCAAGCUCGCUUGGCAGAAUACUGUUGAUCGAGUCGACAUUCUGAGAACACGCAUCGUCAACACGUCGCUCAAGUCAUAUCAAGCCGUUCUUGCUCCUCAUGACAUUGAGUGGGAGCAUCAUGAUGACCUCGAGUCUGCUACUACCCAGGCUGGAUCCAUACCUGAUCACAAUGGAGGAGUUUUGGCGCGCUACAGUAUUGUCAAGGCGACUGAUAACGGGUCUUGCCACUUUGUGUGGGUUGUCCAUCACGCGCUAUAUGAUGCGUGGAGCAUGCCGUCUCUCCUCAAACUAGUGUCUCAGUUCUACCACGGAGACACCGCCCAUGAGCCUGUGGGUGAAUACGUCAACUUCAUCAAGUACCUGGCCGACAUUAACGCUGAAGCCUCUGACGACUUUUGGAGAGCUAGGUUCCAAGACGCCUCUCUCGUAUCUCACUUCCCCAAAGUCUCUUCGGCGCCUGCUGCGCAAUCGUAUCAUGAAUCCUUGACACAUACGGUGCGCUACAGCAGAGAUGGUCUCGGCAUGGAUGUAACCAUUCCAACAAUCGCCCGGGCCGCAUGGGCGCUUGUUCUGGGAUCUCAGACUGGAUCUGACGAUGUCGUCUUCGGCGAGACUUUGUCUGGACGUGACGUUGCCCUCGAUCAUGUACAAGACAUCCUUGGACCUACAUUGACCACGGUCCCUUCAAGAGUUCACAUCAGUCGCAACAGCACCAUUGGUGACUUUUUGAAGGACCUUCGUGAACGAGCCACGGAGUUGAUCCCUCAUCAACAUGCGGGUCUUCAGCGCAUUAGUCGUUUAGACGAUACCAUAGCAGUGGCCUGUGACUUCCAGAACUUGCUGGUAAUACAGUCAUCCGACCAGGAAACGGGCCUGAAUGACCUGCUGAACCCUACCCAAAACGACGUUGGCCAGAAAAGCUUCUUCACCUAUCCACUUGUUGUGGAAUGCUCCAUUGAGAAGCAUGAGCUCAUCUUGACAAUUCACCACGACAACAAGGUCAUCUCUGGUUGGGAGGCACAGCACAUCGCCCAUCAGUUUGAAGCGCUGGUAGGUCAGUUGACGGACCUAUCGCUUCGAGAACCUACUCGCAAGGUGUCGGAUCUUCGGCUCUACAGCCAAGAGGACGUGGAUACGAUCAGAGGAUGGAAUAGCCUUGUCCUACAGCCUUCAAAGGAGAGUAUUCCCGACCUAUUCUGGCAGUCAGUAACAACCAAUCCCAACAAGACCGCAGUUCGCGCCUGGGACGGUCAACUCAGCUACAAUGAACUUGCCCAGCACGCUUCGCAUUUCGCCAGGACACUUAUGCGACAUGGUGUACGCGCUCAUGAGCUGGUUCCAUGCUGUAUGGACAAAUCUCUCUGGACGACAAUCUCGAUGCUCGCUGUAAUACUCGCCGGCGGCACCAUCGUUCCCAUGGACUCUGCACAUCCUUCUGCUCGUCACGCCGAGAUCACACGCGACUGCAAGGCCCGUGUUGCUUUGUGCGCACCGCAGUAUCAAGAGCGCUUCCACGGCCUUGUCGAAUCUGUUGUCUUGGUCACUUCUGACUCGAUCACUGCCCCAGAACCUUGCACGCAGGAUUUGCCAGUCGUCGCGCCUCGAGAUGCCGCGUUCGUCAUCUUUACCUCCGGCAGUACUGGAAAGCCUAAAGGCGUUGUCAUUGAACAUGGCUCGUUUUUGACAAGCUCCAAGGCUUUCAUGAAACGCAUGAACGUGGGUCCGGAUUCGGGUGUACUCCAUUUUGCAUCCUAUGCCUUCGACAUUUCUAUGGGAGAAACAUUCGCUCCACUCACCAUCGGUGCCUGUGUCUGCAUCCCCAGCGAAGACAUGAGGAUGACAGAUCUUGCCGGUUCCAUGGACUCCCUCGGUGUCACUUGGGCAUUCCUAACGCCCUCGCUCGCAAAUCUACAGGACCCCUCCAAAUUCACCACAUUAAAGACCCUAGUCUGCGGAGGCGAGACUCUUACACCCGAAACGAUCAGUGCCUGGGGAGACAAGGUCGAGCUGAUGAAUGGCUACGGGCCAGCAGAGUGUACCAUAUUUGCUGUUGCAAACAGUUCUGUUUCUGCUACCAACGCUAAUAUCGGCCACGCCAUGGACGGGAACCACACUUGGGUCGUCGAUCCCAGAGACCACAACUCUCUUGUCCCUGUGGGAUGUGUUGGAGAGCUUCUCAUCAGUGGUCCCAUCGUGACUCGCGGGUACUUGAACGACAGAGAACGGACGGCGGCAUCGUUCAUCGAGGAUCCAGCGUGGAUGCACUUCUUCACCACCGAGUCUCUUCGUCUGUACAAGACAGGCGACUUGGUCAGAUAUUGUCCUGAUGGAUCGCUCAUGUAUCUAGGGCGUAAGGACCAUCAGGUCAAGCUCCACGGUCAACGCAUGGAGCUCGGUGAGAUUGAGGCUCGUCUUGAGUCUGACCCGCGCAUUCGCCAGGUCUUGGUCAAUCUACCACAAUCAGGUAUCUUCAAGGGUCGUUUGGUGGCUAUUGCUUCUCUCCAGGAUCCUUUGCCCGUCGAAUCAUCCUUUACCACGUCUGGCUUUGUACCUAUUCCCGAUUCCGCCAUGGAUGCUGCCCGAACACAGAUCUGCGCAAUACAACACGAUCUGGCCGCAACCCUUCCGCCAUAUAUGAUUCCGUCGGUUUGGCUCGCCGUCCAAACCAUUCCACUCUUACUGUCUGGGAAGCUCGACAGAAAGAGUGCAAGCAGUUGGCUUGUUGAUGUAGACGCAGACUUUUGCAAGGUCACUGUCGACUUGGAUCAUGGUCAAGAUGCGGUGGACGCGGUCAUCACACCAGUUGGCCAACAGCUCAGACGUAUCUGGGCGUCAAUACUCGACAUUCCAGAGACAGAAACUCCUAUGAACCGCUCCCUCAUUUCUCUCGGCGGUGACUCCAUCAUGGCGAUUCAGAUGCUCACACGCUGUCAUGACCAGUCUCUUUCAUUGACCUUGCAGGACAUCAUGAGAGCUAAGGGAAUCUCUGAGUUGGCUACUGUCGUGACCGCCAAAGAAGACCAAGUCCUUGACAACUACGAGGAAGAUGACGAUCAAGCAUUCGAGUUGUCUCCAAUCCAACGCCUCUUCUUCAACAGCAGCGCCAACACGGAACGUGGAGAUCGCUUCAAUCAGAGCCAACUCUUGUCCAUCGCCCGGCCUGUCGAGGUAUCUAGCCUCCAGGAGGCUCUUGAUGCUCUUGUGGAAAGACAUCCGAUGCUUCGCGCACGAUUCAACAAAUCUUCUACUGGAGAGUGGACACAGCAUAUUUUCUCACCUGCCCAAGGUUCUUAUGGCUUCCAACAACACAAGAUCGCUGCAGAGCCGGACAUGAUACCAUUCGUAGCCGCCAGCCAAAGCAGCAUUGAUGUUUAUGGUCCUGUCUUUGCGGUCGAUCUAUUCACACUAUCUCAUGGCGCUCAGGUACUCUCACUUGUAGCUCAUCAUCUCGUCAUUGACAUCAUUUCCUGGAUUAACAUCAUCCACGACCUCGAGGCACUACUGACCUCUACCUUCUCACCAUCCACCAAGCCCCUCUCGUUCCGCAGAUGGAAUGCUUUACAGAUCGAUCAUAUCAACUCCCUCAGCGGUGGUGCAGCACUUCUUCCAUUUACUGUACGACCUGCCGACAUGGAUUUCUGGGGCAUGUCAAACACUCCCAACGUCUACGGAGACAUGAAACAAAAGUCGUUCGUCAUCACAGAAGCUGAUGUCAUCUCCUCCAUACUUGGUGACUCGCACAGAGCCCUCAAGACCGAACCACUCGAUUUAUUCAUCACAGCCAUUCUCAAAUCCUUUGCACAGACCUUCGAUAGCCGAGAGCUGCCAACACUGUUCAACGAGGGUCAUGGCCGUGAACCCUGGGAUCAUGCCAUUGACCUUUCGCAAACUGUCGGAUGGUUUACAUCACUCUGCCCUCUUCAAGUGUCACGACAGAGUCUCGAUCACGGCGAUGAAGUCGAUCAUGUUCGUAAGGUCAAGGAUGUCCGCCGGAGUAUCCCCAAUAAUGGCCGCCCGUACUUUGCCCACCGCCAUCUCACUGGCCCAGGAACGCUUCAUGAUGGUCCCAUGGAGAUUUUGCUGAACUACCUUGGUCACACUCAACAAACAAACCACGGCGAAUCUCUCUUUACUGCAGUCGACUUUCCAUUCACAGAGCAAGACACUCUGGCUAUCUCCGAUGUCGCGCCGGAGACCUCUCGCCUCGCUCUCUUCGAGAUUUCUAUAUCCAUCCUUGACGAAGGCAUCAGGUUUACAUUGAUGUAUAACCGACGUAUGCUUCGCCAAGACGGUAUCGAGAAGUGGGUAUACAAUUGUCAAGACAGUCUCACCAACACUACGAGAAGGCUUGCCGAGACCUCUUCUGCUCCAACACUCAGCGACUUCCCUCUCUUGCCCAUUAGCUACACAGAUCUCCACGAGAUUAUGACCACGCAUCUUCCCAGGGCUCAUGUCUCGCUCGACAUGCUAGAGGACAUGUAUCCAUGUUCGCCCAUGCAGACUGGCAUUUUGCUCAGCCAGCUUCUAGACCCAUCGCAAUAUCUGUUCCACGUUGUUCUACAAGUUAAUCGUCCCGACGGCUCUGCAAUCGACACUGCAAAGCUCGUCCAGGCUUGUCACAGAGUCAUUGAGCGACAUCCAGCAUUGAGAACAGUCUUCAUCGAUAUCUUACGUCAAGGUGGAUCCUUCGAUCAGGUCGUUUUGCGGCCUUUUGAGUCUCGCGUUAGCACUAUCAAGUGUCGGGAGAUCGACGUCAUGGCCGAGCUGAACUCUAGAUCACUCGGUGAGACCAACAAGACACACCAUGGACCUAUGCUCCCCUAUCAGAUCACCAUCUGCGAAACACCACAAGGCAAGGUUUUCAUGAAACUUGAGCUGAACCACGCAGUGACCGACGGUGCCUCCACAUCAAUCCUCCUCCGAGACAUCUCCAACGCCUACACCGACAGCUUGUCCCCAACUCCACCUCCUUCGUACAAGGAGUACAUCAAAUACAUUUCCAAUCAAUCUACCACCUCAAGCCUCAACUUCUGGACAGGCUAUCUCUGGGAGUCACAACACACAGGCUUUCCGACACUCAACCCAGACUUGAUGGCUAACCGCCAACUACAGUCUGUCAUGGUCCAGUUCGACCGUUUCUCAGAGCUACAAAGUCUUGGAUCCAAACUUGGGGUGACAUUCUCAAACAUCAUCAUGGUGGCAUGGGCCCUGCUCCUUGGAGCUUAUACGGACCGCCAGGACGUCUGCUUUGGCUAUCUAGCUUCUGGACGUGAUGCUCUCAUCGAUGGCGUCGAUGGAAUUGUCGGUCCUCUCAUCAACAUGCUUGUGUUCCGCUUCCAGUUCACGACUGAGACGCUUCUCAAGACACUCUUCUCCACCGCUCGAGAUGAUUAUAUGGCCAGUCUGCCGCACCAACACUUCUCUCUGGCUCGUGUGAGCCAUACCCUGGGUCAAUCGAAGAGGGGCUUCUUCAACACAGCUGUGUCCAUCCAGAACGCCGGUGUAACAAGUGUCUCCGAGCCCGACUCGCUUACCUACGAAUCAAUCGAUUCCUAUGACCCAAGCGAGUACGCCGUCACUCUCAAUGCCAAUGCCACACGAGGUGACGAAGGCAUCGUCUUCCGCUACUGGACCAACAUACUUUCUAGCUCACAGGCCCAGGAGCUCGCCGUGAACAUGUCUAAGCUACUUGACGACUUCGUCGAUUACAGCGAGAAUACUCUAGUUCACCUUCGGCUAUUGCAGAGCCCCCCAGUGGCUCGCAGUACAUACGCGCAAUCGUCCGAGGUUGACGGCUCGACGUCGGAGCAGGACGACACGAACAAUCUGCCCAAAGCACAGAGCUCAGGAAUCAGUGCAUCCUCCACUUUGAUUGACCUUGGCGACGUAUCCUCCAUGUCAUCCAACAUGUUCAACUCAUUCUCCCGCGACACGAAGCAUCUACACAACAAACUAUCCGCACUAUGGAGAGACAGUCUCGAGUAUCAAGGUUGUGCAAUCUCACCCACCGACAAUUUCUUCGAAUCAGGCGGCGACUCGAUUAUCGCUAUGUCCAUGGUGGGCAACGCCAGAGACUUGGACUUGCCGCUGACUGUGGCUGACAUCUUCAAGAACCCUGAGUUCGGUUCUUUGUUGGAUUGCCUCAAUGACAAGUCUUAUAAGUAUAGUGACAGGGCUUCCAGCCAUGACCAUCUGGAUACAUCGAGCUUCAAGAAGGAGAAAUGCAUCACCAGUGAGGAUAUUUACAAGCCGCUUUCCAUGAUUGACACCGAUGAUGCCGAACAGUUUGUGCGAAGCCACGUCUGUCCUGUUGUCGGCGUUUCCCGAGCCAGCAUUAUCGACGUUCUCCCCACUACCGACUUUCAGAACCAGGCCAUUCACGGAGGCCUUCUGGAGUCACGAUGGCAACUCAACUGUUUCCACUUGGACUCUUCAGGCUCACUUGACAUGGCGCUACUACAAGAGGGUAUUACCAACAUCGUGGCCGCUUACGAUAUCUUGCGCACUGUCUUUGUCUCUCAUCAAGGCCGUUACUUGCAGGUGAUCCUCCGCCACGUUCAACCCACGGUCAUCGUUGAAGAUGUGGAGAGUAUCGAUCAAUUUACUUCAAACCUUGAAUUGACCAAUCAGAAUGAGGUUCCGCGUCCUGAAGACUCGUCCCUCCGCUUUAUAGUAGCACGCCACAAGUCAUCAGAACGGCACCGAAUAUUCAUCAGGAUAUCUCACGCGCUGUAUGACGGCGUUUGCUUUCCGACUAUCCUACAAAGUCUGAAAGCCUCAUUUGAUGGAGAGCCUAUCAGCCCGACACCCUCAUACGCAACCUACAUCCAGAAGGUGUUGGGGACAAACAAACAAGGGUCCUACUCGUACUGGAAAUCGCUUCUGAAGGAUUCAACUCCUACCAAUGUUGUCCAACGGCAGCGGUCAUCCUUACAGACCUUUUCUACCCGAGUCUUGAGAAGGGUCGUGUCUACAUCCUCGCUCGCGUCAUUCAGCAUCACAACCUCAACUGUCAUCAAGGCUGCCUGGUCAACGGUAUUGGCAAACGUCACAGGGAAGACCGACGUUGUUUUCGGCAACAUUAUUAGCGGGCGGAAUGACAGCAACAUACCUGGGAUCCAAAGCAUUGUCGGGCCUUGUCUGAACGUAGUUCCCGUACGCGUUCGCCGCCAAGCCUCUUGGACCAUUCUGAAUCUUCUCCAAUACAUUCAAGACCAGCAGGUGGACAAUAUGCCAUAUGAGACACUGGGAUUUAAAGAGAUCAUCAACAAGUGCACUGACUGGGAUGAUGAUGGAACCAACGGUUUCUCUACUGUUGUUCAGCACCAGAGCAUGCCGCGUACAGAGAGUUUCGCGAUGGGGGGAAACAUGUAUCAAGUUGGUGUGAUGGGUUCGCAGGAAGACUGCGCUGAUGUCAGCGUCGUGACGACGCCCCUGGAUACCAAUAGCACUGAGAUCUGUUUGGUUUACAACGGGAACGGAGCUAUAAGCAAGGAGUUGACGGAAGAGAUGUUUGAAAGUCUCUGCGAUAGGGUUUCAGCAUUCUCGCAGGAUCCCUAUGCUUUGCUAUAG